GCGCAGCGGUGCGUUCGAUCAGAGGGGGAGAAAGAGCCGCCGAGGAGGAGAACGCUAGAGAGAGGGGAAAGUCUUUCUACGACAGCACCACGGCUUGGGAAGAAACCAACUGUUUCGAGUUGGCUGGGAUGGAGCUGAGCAUUUCCAUUCUGAGCCGUGAACGCAGUUUUUUCGCGCCGUCCGCAUAGAAGUCGUGCACCGCGGUCGGGGCAUUUAGCGCAGGGCCAGGGGGCAGUUUGCUGUCGGUCCCGAAGGGUUUUUGGAGCCGUAUGAAUUAUAGCAUCGCUCAAAUGCUAGUUAGCCUCGCUGCUAAGCAGCUAGCCAAGACUGCGAGUCAAUUGUGUCGGAGAUUUCUUCAUUCCGCCUGAAAACUGUUACAAUAAUUAAUUGCUCUCGAAAUUUAUUUUAGCGGGCGUGUUUUUAUUUUUCCUAAGCGGGGAGACGUUAAUAAACCAACUGUGGAGUUUCUAUUUUGAUUUAUUACCAGCGGACACUUUUUUUCUCUAUUAGCUUGUUAGCAGCGCUGGUUGGUUUAGUCCAGCUUGUUAGUAACGUUAGUGUCGCUCCGUAUACUGAGGUUUCUCCUGCUUCCAGCUGUCAUCGACAACAACGCGUUGAGGAAAAAGCUAGUGCCGUGUUUUGUUCACACGCGUUUUUAGAGAUUUUGUAGCAGACUGGAAGUUGUUCAGAGAGGAGAUACUUUGAGAUGCAGCGCGUGGGAUACUUCAUGUUUCCAGGGACGCGUUUAUUUUCAUGUUAGAUUGCGUGCGAGUCUCCAGCGCUUACCUUUCGAUUUUACGUGUUUUUUGCACCAACGCCGAUUUAAAAUACUAGUUUUAGCAGGAAUUGCAUGCCGUCUGGUAUAUUUUUCUUGCACAGACCCAUGCGUGCUGGUUGUAUACCUAUGCACUACCUUUAGACAACAUUCGCGCGUCGUUUUAAUGUGGACAAAUUUCACGUUUCAAAUCGGUUUACGUUGUUUUUAUAAAGGCGUUCGUUAGUCUCCACGUUAAUACUUAGGUUGGUGGCGGUACAUGAUCGCUAAGGUAGAUCGGUGCACGGGUGUGAAACGUUUUCAUUGGUUUGCUGUGGGGAAACGGCGAAAUUUGGCGUAAAAGUAUUAUGGAUGAACAGACCCGAAUGCUGGCUAGCAUGGGCGGACUCGGCGGACUCUCUCAAGCCGACGUGGGUGACCCCGAUUCGGUUCGGAAGCAGCAAUCCCUGGGCCAGCCGCAGCAAGACAUUGGGGAUAUUCUCCAGCAGAUAAUGGCCAUCACGGACGAGAGCCUCGACGAAGCCCAGGCGAGGAAACAUGCCCUGAACUGCCACAGGAUGAAGCCGGCUCUCUUCAGCGUUCUAUGCGAGAUCAAAGAGAAAACAGGUAAGUCGAUCGCUUAA